AUGAACGCGCGCUCGUCUCUGCGCACACUCCGGUCGCUCGUGCCCUCUGGCACCUCGAGCUCGACCGCCGCCGCUGCCCCUAGUCGGUCCCUCCACCACACUGCGCUCCUCUCCCAGGCGGCUGAGGCUUCGUCAUCCGCCUCGUCUUCGUCUUCGGCAUCAUCGCCGGCAGCACCGCCACCGCAGCAGUCCAGCACCGGCACCAGCAGCAGCAGCAGCACCGCCUCGUCGACCAACCUCGUCUCGUCCCUCAUCCUCUCCAGACCACCCACCAUCCUCCGGAAGCCGUCCAAGUUCGAGGCGGCCUACUUCGAGUACAAUCGCCAGCUCUCCGAGGCGCUCCAGCAGCCCUUCCCCAAGGAGUUCUACUUCAAGAAGGGCUCCGCCUCAGAGAAGAGGUUCGAAGAGGAUCAGGCGAGCACGCCGCAUGGCUUCGCCGAUCCCAAAAAGGCCGGUGGCAAGGGCGCAGCAAAGGCUCAGGCCGACGGCGACAGCAACGACAUCAUCACCCGCGUGACGGCGGCAGAGGGCGACGCCGAGAACCAGCCCCUGCCGAGAGAGACCGAGGCGGACCUCAAAAACGAUCUCCAGAGCCUCCAGCGGAAGCUUGACCGCACCCUCUACCUCGUCGUCAAGCGCAGCAAGGCGGGCUGGUCGUUUCCCAAGAAGGCGCUCGACAAGAAGGCCAAGGAGAAUCUCCAUGCUGCCGCCCCGCUCUCUGUCACGCUUCCACUUGGGAGGAACCUCGACAUCUGGCUCAUGAGCAAUGCUCCCGUGGGCCUCUACCAGUCCGGUGCCGCUGAAAAGACCUACUUUCUGCGGGGACACAUUGUCGCCGGCCAGCCGCAGCUGGAUGCGGCCGCCGAGGGCGCGGAAAAGGUCGACGAAUUCAGGUGGCUGACGCGCGAGGAGAUCCAAGAGCUGCUCGAGUCGCAGGACGCAAAGUACUGGAGCUCCGUCGACGACCUCCUCGACCCCUGA